CAUCAUUAUUGAUGUUACAGAUCCUUCUUGAGGCACCGGCACGGCGGUCCCUAUGGGGAGAUAUGUGGAUCUUGGAUUCCCGCCCGCUGGGGUCUCCCUUCGUUUCCCGUUUCUGGGUUUUGAUGCCAACCUGCCUUAUCCCUGUCACCCGAAUUUUCCAAAAAGCCAGAGAAUACAACGGGACUACUGUAGAGACUGCAUGCAAUAGCAAGGCCCCCUCCCCCAGGACGCUAGUUGCAUGUACGACCGUGAGAAGAAUUGGGCUCUUCCGACAAUCGGGGGAUUGUCACCUGAUGCAUUCAGACUAGGGAUGUGCAGACCGCCUAAAACUUAAAUACUAUUUUUUGCUGGCAAUAGUUGUCUUGUCCCGUUUCGUCAUAGUGCCCUUUAAUUUCCCUUGAGAUGCAAUCAUGUUUCUUUCCCUCUAGGUAUCGCGAGGAAAAGGGGGGCGGUAAAAAACCAACAAAAAAAGAAAAGAAAAGAAAAGAAAAUUACGGAGAAAAGGAAGAUAAGGGAGUUGGGCAAUGUAUGAUUGCUGGUGCCGCUUUAUCCUUACUCGACAUUACUGUGGAGCUUGUGAGUGGUUCACUUGCAUUUUCUAGGUUCGUAGUU